ACUAAAGGAUAUGGUGAUCACCAACGGAACAAACAGUUCGCCGGCCAAUUUCUCUCUUGAAUGUUUUCUUUUGGACAUUAAUUUGGAUUUCACAAAACACCUUUUCAUCGCGCAGAUUCUGACUACAAUUUUAAACUGCGUAUCCUUGUUCACAGCUGCUGCCGGUAAUUCUGUGGUAGUUCUUGCAGUCUGGAGGAACCCAGCCCUUCACACGCCGUCAAAUGUGUUUCUUUGCUGUUUGGCACUCAGAGAUCUGACCGUCGGUUUAAUUGCUCAACCAUGUUUCGUGAUCCACAAGAUCGGGGAACUUCUUCAAGACUACAGCAUGUAUUGCACCACGAGGAUACUGACAGAAUCGCUGGGAUACAUAACGGCAGGAACUUCAGUUCUAACCAUGACCGGUAUAGCGAUCGAAAGAUACCUCGCACUAUAUCUGCAUCUCCGAUACACAGAAAUUGUAACCACGAAACGCAUUUUAAUCACUGCCUCUGGUCUCUGGAUUUUUUUUAUCCUGUUAACCGCUUCCAGGUUUUGGAUUGCCAAUGAUGAAAUUUUUAGUAAUUUCAUAAUUCCAGUAAUAUUCUGCAGCUUGAUAUUCACUUUCUUGGCGUAUACUAGUGUUCUGAAAUACGUCCGCCGCCACGAGAAACAAAUAAAGGCAACAUCAACAGUUCAUUGCCAGGUGAACCAUCAACUUACAAGGAUAAUGCGAUACAAAAAAUCAACUUUGACGAUGGUGUUAAUCGUGGGGAUUUUCGUCUUCUGUUAUAUUCCGUUUCUGUGCGUGAAAAUUGUUCACAAGGUAGAGGGCUACACCACGAGCGUCAAGACAGCUUACUUGUAUGCAUCGACAACUGUGUUUCUCAACAGCUCCUUUAACCCUCUGGUCUAUUGCUGGCGCAUGUCAGACAUACGGAGAGCUGUUAAACAAUUGUGUUUUCGAUGCCUUGGAAAGAAGAAUUCAGUGAUUACCCCUUCAGCGUUAACGUUGGCGGAAUUUCGGCCAAGAAGUUGCUUGAGCGUAAGCCUUGAUGUAACCCAGCGCCAAUCGCAAAGCGCAGCUUGCUCAGUCGUAGAGACCAAACUUCUAUGCCGAGAAACCUUGAAGAGUACAACUAAUUUGGAGGAAGUAGGACUUCAAGCCAACUGUUAAAGGUUCUUUCCGACAAUUUGUUUUGAAAAAUGCGUCAUACCCAAUUCCAACUCUCUUUGACAACUAGUUUCACGGAUAAAAGAAAGCAAACUUGACAUGGCUGAAUUUCAUGAUUUUCUUACCUUUUUUAAUGAAUACAGGCCAAUCACAAAUUACAGAGUUUUCACUGAUUAGUAAGUAGAAUAAGGAUUUUUUUUAAUUUAUGUAUGUCUCUUUCAGCCCCUAACCAACAUAUUUAGCACCAGUGGAAACCAAUUUGACGACAAAUUUUUUUUUUUCACCUUAAAGAAAUUGUAGCUAAAACCAUUUAGUGAUAUUGAAAAUUAAAGGGUCGCCAACAAUUGAUUUUAGAUUAUUCAAGGAGGCCAAAAAUAAUCCAACAUAGAAGACCUUAUGAAAAAUGGUCUUUCUUUGUUUCUACCCAAAAUAACUUAUAAUAUUCCUCAGCGAGAUCAUCUCGAGUAGACCGUAAAAAAGCGUUUGUAUAAGUGGGGACAUUCCCAAUUCUAAUCUAGCAGUCGCCUUUAUCUUUACAUGAUUUACGAAUUUUACAACAGGUGUAAAAAAGCUAGAGUUCUUAAAAGUCUCUUUACAAGAGGACGAAACUUCUAAAUUAAUAGUUUGAAGCCAAAAAAAGGAACACAGAUAAGUUUGGUUAUAAGUGUUUGGUUUUGUAUUGCACUUUUCAAAUGUCUAGUAACCUUCCUUCAUGUUGGAUGCUCUGUUCUUAGUUUCAAGUUGCUUAGGUAAGGUUCCGCUAGCUAGAUGGCUGUUGUUCUCAGCACAGUUUUAUUCACUAUAGAUUAAGCAAUUGACCUAUGAAGUAAGCCCUUAAUAUAUAUUGGACAUCGUCAGACUGAUAAAGUAUUGUUCAAUGUGCCAGAAACACACGAGGUGGGCACUAGUUUUACUAAUACAGUUUGAACGACACGUUCAAAAUUCACAAAAUGCCGGCCGGCUUUGAAGUGCAGUCCGAAAAUCAGUUUUAUUUCAUGUCGGCUUGAGCGUUUAAGCCGUCACUUUAGAGUUAUGUAAUCGGUCAACAUGAAUUCCUAAUAAUUUGGUUUUUCAUUUUUAUAAUCCGCCCGGCCGUUGAUAGCUUCUGUGGUCAGUAAACAAGUUAGAACUGAUGUAGCUAGAUCUAGGGUCACUGUGGGAUGUCCGCAUUAUGUUCGAUGUUUCGAGGUAACAAUGCUAAUUCUUUGUGCUCAAAAAAUGUAUGCUCCAUUGUACUUAACAUAAAAAUAAAUGAGAUAAAUGAAUAGAAAACAGUA